AUGGAAGGUGACCAACUUGAACAUAUUUUCUUAGUCACAUGCAUGCCGGGAUUUUUCAAAAAAGAACUAUAUAAUAUUCUUUCAGCCCAAAACUCUGAAAAUUCUACUGAAACUUUUCGUAAACUUAUAAAUGUGUUAGACACAAUAAUCUCAAUUCUGAAAAUUCAUAGCAUUGAUCUUUAUUCAGUUCUCCCAGAAAUAUUUAAAGAUUUCCUCUUGCUCCCCUCCGAGAGCGAACAAAACCAUUGGGAAAAAUCCUUUUUCUGGGUGAAAUUAUCCUUCCAUAAGUGAACAAAAAAUUUUUGAAAAGGAUUUUUAGAUUUAUAAGUGAUAAUUAUUAUAAUAAAAUCUCUAAAUAAUUUUAAACAGCAUAUUUAAAUUUUGCAAAUUAAAUUAAUUUUUACGAAGGGAUUUUUUUAAAUUUCGAAAGAAUUUAAUAUAGAAUUUAUAUAUAAAUUUUGCAAAAAAUAUUCGCUCACGGAGGGGUAGUUAGAUAAUAUUAUUCACACUACUACUGUAAUUGCUAUUCAGUUUCAGCUAAAGGUUCAGCUUAUGCUCAAUUGUGAGCUACUAAGGGCAUCUGAGUUUAAUCAAGAUCCAAAAUUCUGACUAAAAAUUGGUGAGUUAGUGAGGACUUUGUGUAUAAAGCUUGCUAUUGAAGAAGACUCAACAGCCUUUUAUAAAUAUUAUGUUACAGAGUUUUUACCUAGAUAUGCAACUCAGUUGGAUUCUGGAGUGUUGCUGAAAUUUUCUGAGCUGAUCGAGCUUCAAAAUGAAACUGAGACUUAUUUAAACAAAAUUAUUAUAGUCCAGUCUUCACCUAACUGCCUCCCUUAUCGAGCGAACAAAAACAUUGGAAAAAUCCUAUUUUAGCGUUUUUAAAACCUAAUUUUAUGAAUUUAAUAAAUAUUUGAUUUCUAUCUUUGCGAAUUGGGAUUUUUUUAACUUUCAAAAAAUCUAAUUUUACUAGAAAAUUUAUAUAAUUUUUUUUAAAACUAUCCUCCUAGAGCGAGCAAAAGUUUUUGUUCGCUCAAGGAGUGGGAAGUAAGAAAAAUCAAGCCCCAAAAAUGAUUACUAAAAAAAUUCCUACAUCCCCAGUCAGAAAAAGUGAAAGAAUCCGUAAUAUAGUUAUCAAAAACGAAAAGAAAAAGCUUCAGGUAGACCGAAAUUUAAAUAAUGCUCACACAAUAAAAAAGCAAGUCUUCAUGAAAUCCAAAAAAUCUAAAGCGCCUCACACCCCUGACAAAGAAAUGACUGAAAUUUCAAAUUGUGCAAAAAAAUUAAAAGAAAUCAACCAAAAUUAUUUUUAUGAAAAGAAAAACCUUGAUGACAAAGAAGAAAUAGAAAGAGAAGAUAGCAGAAUUCUUGCCAUCGACACCCCUAUAAAAGAAAAUAAGCUUAUUAAUUAUGAGAUCAGUCAUUUUAAAAACUUAUUUGCAAUGGCAGGAACUUCGUAA